AUGCCUCCAGAGAUGGGAGCUUCCGCCAACGCUGACGGGUGCGUAAGAGAUUGCCGCUCACGCUCCUCUCUCGGGCGCCAAGGUGGUCGGGGAACCGGUGUGGCGGGGUGGGACGAUGAGCACGAGGAGGAUUUCUCCAGACUGCACCGCAGCAGGAGCAGCAUCGGAGAGGAGAUGACUCUGAGCAAGGAGCUGUCGGCGAGGAGAAGGAGGAUUGGCUUCUGGAGGCAUCCGAUCGUCACCCUGCGACUCUUCGGCAAGUGCGUGGUGAGAUGGGCACGAUCCUCAGCGCGAGCGGUGGCCGCCCACCCGGCGUUCGUGCUCGUCGCCAUCCCCGGAGUUGCGGCGCUGCUGGUUCUAGAGGCUGUCCCGGGACCCCAUACUGCGUUUUUGGUGCAGGCAAAACACGUGGUUAAGUUUGUUCUGUGGUGGGUUGGUCUCGGGACGGUGUCUUCCGUUGGCCUCGGCUGCGGCUUCCAGACCGGGGUCCUCUUCCUCUUCCCUCACAUUAUGAAGACGUGUCUGGCGGUGGAGGAGUGCAAUAGCCUAGAUUUCCCAUCCUCCGGAGACAUGUGGUUCAGCGCGUCGGAUGCGAUAUUCUCCUGCGGCCCGGAGGACGAGCUGUUCAAUGCUGCCAGCGGCGAGGUCCUGGCCGGCGCGCAUGAGGAUUUUUUGCUGGGAGGCGGUGUAGGAGGCCACGCGGCGUCCCAGGUGUCGUUCCUUGGCACGUUCAUGAAGGUGUACCCGGCGUGCUUGCUUUGGGGGAUAGGGACGGCGAUCGGGGAGAUUCCCCCCUACGCCUUGUCUCGAGCCGCUGCCGAGGCGGGGGAGGAGGCAGACGAGGACGAGGAGCUUCUGGACCUGGAGAACCGUGACCCCAAGCUGCUCGGGAAGUUCGACUUGGUCACUCGAAUAAAGAUGUGGAUGAUCGGGCUGCUGAAGCGAAAAGGUUUCAUGGGGGUGUUUCUGCUCGCGUCCGUGCCCAACAUGGCCUUUGACCUAUGCGGCAUGUGCUGCGGGCACUUCAUGAUGCCCUUCUCCACUUUCUUCAGCGCCGUUCUCCUCGGAAAGGCUGGGGUUAAGAUUAUUCUCCAGACGGCGUUCUUCACGAUGGCGUUCCACGAGCACCAUCUGGAGGCGUUCAUCACCGUCAUCAGGAGGUGGACACCGGAGUCGUUGAACCUCGGGGGAAUUCUCCACGUUGCACUCGUUCAGAUGAAGGCACAGUUCCACACCCUGGCCGGGGAGGGCGAGUCGGUCGUCCAGGCGGUGGACAUCGAGGACGGGGCCGGCGGAGUCGUUGAGGCGGUCAUCUCUCGGUUGAAGGCCGGGUGGACCGUGGUGCUUGUGGUGAUCGUGCUCGCCUUUGCGGGGUCCUGCAUCGAGGAGAUCGCCAAGCGAAGCCCCCGGGCCGCACCAAAGCCGGAUAAAUCCAAGGUCGCGAGGACGCGAGUUCAUCGCCGUCGGGUAUUACCGAAGUAUGCAGCACGGUUUGACGGCAAAGCUUGCUUGGCAAGACUGCAAGCUGCUCUGGCCUUCUCGGUGUAG